AUCCCAUCUGCCCCAGAUCACGUUUGCCACCGGCAGCCAACCAGUCGGGCCCGAGUCCGAGGGCAAGAAGCGAUUGGGGCCGAGGGAGCUCGACUCCCGGUGCCCCGUCCGGGUUCCCCCGCCGGCCCGAGGCGGUAUAUCCUGCCUUCCGAGGCCACUCGUGGAAGCCGAGCGGCGGCCUCGCUGUAACGUUCUAGCGAGAUGUAGCGAGCCGGGGGUCGCGGCCGGACGCUCGCCUUGGCUGGGUGUGGGGGCACGCGGGGGCCGAGGAGGAGGAGUGAUGAGAAGAGAGGGUACCCUUCACCCGCCGAGACCACAGGCGCCCCCUCCUCCCACGCGAGGGGCAGGUGUUCUACACAGAUUCUUGUGACUUUAAGGACCAGGCAAUUCAAGGUCUUCCCAGAAAGGGAGGAAAUCUUGAGAAGAGAGGGGACAAACAGCAGACACAGCCCUGGGACCAGCCAAGCUUGAGGUGCUGUGGGAAGCUGACAGCCCAGCAGGAGGAGUGGGAAGGGACUCCAGCUCCAGUUCCAAAAGAUCUGAACUCACCAGAGAGGGCCUGCCUCAGGGGUCACUCCAAACUCCGGUUGGGCCCUUCUCUGAAUGCCCUUGCUCUGAGGAGCCUGCUGCUGAGAACCAAAAAUAAGAGGCCAGAUCCAUCUCCUCAAGCGAAGAGCAGGGCAACCCCAAACAGGCAUCUGCACCCCUAGUGGCAGGCGGCCGCGUCUGGUGAGGAGUUUCUUGUUUUCCUCCAGCUUAGGGCGGCAGUGCUUGAUGGGGCUGCCUGUUGGUGGAUCAAUUCUGGUAGUGCCUGGUAGGAGCAGAGAGCCGCGGGAAGAGGUCCCGCGGCGUCCAAGCCUGGUUUCACCCCAAGACUAAGUUCUUUCCCGAGUUAGAGAGAGAGAAAGCGGGAAAAGAAAGUGCUCCUCUCCCCUCCUCUCUGCUCGUCAUGUCCUCUAAGCCGGAGCCAAAGGACGCCCACCAGCUGAAUGGGACUGGCCCUGCUCCCUCUCCCUGCGCUUCAGAUGGCCCCGGGCGAGAGCCCUUGGCUGGGACCUCAGAGUUCCUGGGGCCUGAUGGGGCUGGGGUGGAGGUGGUGGUAAUUGAGUCUCGGGCCAACGCCAAGGGGGUUCGGGAAGAGGACGCCCUGCUGGAGAACGGGAGCCAGAGCAACGAAAGUGACGACGUCAGCACGGACCGCGGCCCUGCACCACCCUCCCCACUCAAGGAGACCUCCUUUUCCAUCGGGCUGCAAGUGCUGUUCCCCUUCCUCCUGGCAGGCUUCGGGACUGUGGCUGCGGGCAUGGUGCUGGACAUCGUGCAGCACUGGGAGGUCUUCCAGAAGGUGACUGAGGUCUUCAUCCUGGUGCCAGCGCUGCUGGGGCUCAAGGGGAACCUGGAAAUGACUCUGGCGUCGAGGCUGUCCACCGCAGCCAACAUUGGACAAAUGGAUACACCCAAGGAGCUCUGGCGGAUGAUCACUGGGAACAUGGCUCUCAUCCAGGUGCAGGCCACAGUUGUGGGCUUCCUGGCAUCCAUUGCCGCCGUCAUCUUUGGCUGGAUCCCUGAUGGCCACUUCAGUAUCCCACAUGCCCUCCUGCUGUGUGCCAGCAGUGUGGCCACAGCCUUCAUUGCCUCCCUGGUGCUGGGUAUGAUCAUGAUUGGAGUCAUCAUUGGCUCUCGAAAGAUUGGGAUCAACCCGGACAAUGUGGCCACACCCAUCGCUGCCAGCCUGGGCGACCUCAUCACCUUGGCGCUGCUCUCAGGCAUCAGCUGGGGACUCUACUUGGAACUAAAUCACUGGCGAUACAUCUACCCCCUGGUGUGUGCCAUCUUUCUGGCCCUACUGCCUGUCUGGGUGGUGCUGGCACGACGAAGCCCAGCCACGAGGGAGGUGUUGUAUUCAGGCUGGGAGCCCGUCAUCAUUGCCAUGGCCAUCAGCAGCGUGGGAGGCCUCAUCUUAGACAAGACUGUCUCGGACCCCAACUUUGCAGGGAUGGCUGUCUUCACACCUGUGAUUAAUGGUGUUGGGGGAAAUCUGGUGGCGGUGCAGGCCAGCCGCAUCUCCACCUUCCUGCACAUGAAUGGGAUGCCCGGGGAGAACUCUGAGCAAGCUCCUCGCCGCUGCCCCAGCCCUUGCACCACUUUCUUCAGUCCUGAUGUGAAUUCCCGCUCGGCCCGGGUCCUCUUCCUUCUCGUGGUCCCAGGACACCUGGUGUUCCUCUACACCAUCAGCUGCAUGCAGGGUGGGCAUACCACCCUCACCCUCAUCUUCAUCAUCUUCUACAUGACAGCUGCACUGCUCCAGGUGCUGAUCCUCCUGUACAUCGCAGACUGGAUGGUGCACUGGAUGUGGGGCCGAGGCCUGGACCCAGACAACUUCUCCAUCCCGUACUUGACUGCUCUGGGGGACCUGCUUGGCACUGGGCUCCUGGCACUCAGCUUCCAUGUCCUCUGGCUCAUCGGGGACCGAGACACGGAUGUCGGGGACUAGCUUGGCCACUCAACCUUUCCCCCAUCCCUCUGCACUUUCUAUUUGAAUAUUUUCUUUGUUCCCCAUCCCUACUCCACCACACACUCCCACAUCUUUCGAGGACUUCACUUUGAUACCAAAUUCUCAUUAUUUUCAAUGGGAAUUUUUAUACAUUGAGCCAAGUUUGGAUAGCAAGAAUUCAGGAAGGACAGAUGGACUGAGAUAAGCAGUACGAGUAGAUUUCUGAGAUAAUCACCAAGUGCAAUUUCAUGGUGGGUGCCUCCACGUGAGGUGGAUUGGGGCGGGGGGUUCUGUCUGAGAUCUGGGGACAUUUGGUUUAGCUUUAGCAACCUCAGUCUUGGCCCUAAUGAGAAAUACUUUAUGAGUAGGCUGUGGUUAUUUGGUUUUGUGGUUUUCUUUGUUCUUUUUUUUAGUGUUGAGCAGAGGAAUAAGUAACACUCCCCCCACACACACAUACACACACGCAUUUGUAGAAAUGGACCAACUUCAGAGCACUGGGCAGAGACGAGGCCCCUGAAUCCCCGCUCUCUUCUCUGCCUUCUGGACCGAGUCCCUGCUGCUCUCAGAGGGAGAUGGACCGGCUUCCGCUCAUGUACCUGCCUCUCCUGAUUUCCUGGUCAGCAUCACCAACCUCCUUCUGAUUGUCUUCCACUGGAAGGUCACAUCCAGGAAGUAGUGAGCAGUGGCCUGGUCUCCCGGUUGAUUCAUGUCCAGCCGUAGGUUUCCCAAGAUCCCUCUGCUCCUUGGGAUUUUGUCUCUGUUCAGACCUCUCUCCUUGUCUCUAGCACUCCCCUCCCCAAGUGGGGUUCUGAGAUUAGGGACAGAGGAAGGGUACGUGGAGAACGACCUGGAGGUUGAGGGCAACCAGGGAUGUUUUGUUGCUGCUGUUUUUCCUGAGGACAUAAUCACGUGAUCACCUUGGCCUCCAUCGCUUCCUACUCAUUCUGCCAUGCCAAGAGGGCAGGUAUCCUGUCCCUUGGCUCCUGCCCUCCGAUGUUCAUUAUUCAUUCAUGCAGAAACCGCAGCCUCCCCAAGAUAAGCCCUUCUGCAGGCCUGGUCUGGAACCAUUGAGUAUUAAGUAUGGGGUGCCCAGUAUGUGUUAGGUAUUGUGCCAGGCACUGAGUGACCAGGGUAGGGGAAUCACAGUGCUAACCUCACCUCAAUCCCCAGCUUCCAGAGGCCACGUACCCCUUUCAGUCUGGCAGAGAAAGUUCCCUCCUGUCAGGUACUUGUCUUUGUUUCGCCAAACCAGGUUCGGCCUCAUUCUUCCUCCAGACCCCAGCUCUGCAAUGCUGACCACAGCUCAGACCACCAGCCCCACUGCUCAACCCCACAAUACCCCUCCUCCCCUCCCCUCCCCUCCCCUUCCCUCCACCUCUGCUCAUCACACACCCGGAAGAGGAUUCGGCAUGAGCAUGCCGGACUUCAGCUGGCUGCUCCUUCUCUCUGCCUACCGCAAAACUGGGAGAAGCUAGAGCCUCUACCUCUUCCCCACACAUUGCUCGGAACGGCCCAGAGAGCUAGCCACACUCGGACGGGCAAACGCAGGCCUUGGGCUGUCUGAAGCUUCCUGUGAGCCCUCUCUCUGUACCCUAAGGGCCGCCCCCAAGGGGAGGUUUGAGCGGUGGCCCUGUUUCUGCCAGCACCAUGCCUUAUCCAGGAACUUGCCCUAGACUGCCAGUGUCCUUUCUCUCCAUCUCCUCCCAGGCCACCUUCUGGAAUCAUAGAGCCUUAGAAUUGGAAGGGAUCCUAGAGGUUACCUAAUUGGAGUUGUGUCCCGCAGAGUGCAUUGACACCAGCCUGAGCUUGUUUCUGCUUCAGCCUCCUUUUGCCUUUCCCUCCACCUCAGAACACACUUGCACACAGACUCUUGUGCAGGCCUCCAGCCCUGAGGCUGUGGCCCAAGUUCUCCAGCCCCUCACCCUUUCCUGUUUCGAGUUCAGCCGGGCUGUCCUGGAGUGCUCUGGAGCACCCGUCCUCCUUUGCCCAGAAAGAGAAGUGGGUACACCCUGACUGACCUUGGAGUAUUGAGCAGAGGAGAACUAUGGGGUGAGAGGGAAGGAAAAUGAAGAUGACUUCAAUGGAUGGUCCAUUUCUCUCCCCCUGACUGUACCAACUGCAUGUACUUUUGGCCUGGCUGCAAGGAGCAAAAUUGGUUUACUCUUGUAUCCUUCAAAAGUUACAGAACUGUGUCUUAAGAGAAUUAUUUAUAGUUACUAUAACUGAAUUGACAAAUGUCAACUUAACUGAUAAAUUAUAUUUGGUAAAAUAAAGAGGAUGUUUAUUUAGA